AAUCUGGCCGUCGAUGGCGAAGAGCCGGCAUUCUUCGUGAGCGCUGUCGUCGACAAGACUUCGACGCAGAGUUAUCUUCGGCUUAAUGUCUGCACACACUAUCAAGAGGGCAAGGAGUCAAAUAUGGCGGUCAUGGAAGUGGAACUCCCUUCAGGUUAUGUGGCAGACAUGGAGUCAUUGCCCGGCGCUUCAGACAUUAAACGCGUUGACACAACAAAGGGAGACACUAAUGUUGUCAUAUAUUUCGAUAGAAUAACCCGAUCGAAGAUCUUUCUGACAGUCUGUGGCCAUCGGACCCAUCGUGUGGUCAACACUAAAGCCGUUCCUAUCGUUGUCUACGACUACUAUAAUCGGCAACAAAGCGCUCGUAUUUCGUAUGAAUUAAACUGA